AUGCCUGGAGGUCGAACAGCACAUUCCAGAUUUAAGAUAAAAAUCCCAACAACAGAAUCAUCUAUGUGUAGCAUAUCCAAGCAAGAUGGAACCGCAAAGCCGAUUAAGAUAGCUAAGUUAAUAAUUUGGGAUGAAGCUCCAAUGGCUAAACGUGUUGCAAUUGAAACAUUAGAUAGAACAUUAAGGGAUAUAAUGGAUCAAGAUGAACCAUUUGGUGGAAAAGUAAUAGUAUUUGGUAGGGAUUUCAGACAAGUUUUACCAGUAGUACCCCGCGCAACAAGAUCACAAACUGUUAGAGAAAGUUUAGUAAGCUCAUAUUUGUGGAGCAAAAUAGAAAAGUUGAAGCUAUCGAAGAAUAUGAAAGCAAGAACAGAUUCAACAUUUAGCGAAUUCCUUUUAAGAGUUGGAAAUGGCGAUAAACCGACAGUGACUGAUGACCUAAUAGCAUUGCCCACUUCUAUUUUGAUAAAGAAUCAAAGUGAUGAUUUACCAGAAGAUUGUCUAAUAAAUGCAAUUUUCCCAUCUUUAGAUGAGAACUUCAAAUCCAUUGACUAUAUGAAAGAUCGAGCUAUCCUGGCAACAAAAAAUGAAUAUGUCGACAUGCUAAAUGAUAGAAUCAUAAAACAAUUUCCAGGUGAAGAAAAAGAAUUCUACAGCUUUGAUGAAGCAGUUGAUGACACUAAUCAUCACUACCAGCCAGAAUUCUUAAACACGUUGCUACCAAAUGGACUACCACCCCACAAGCUGAUAUUAAAGAAACAUUGUCCUAUUAUUUUAUUAAGGAACCUGGAUCCGACUAAUGGGCUAUGCAACAGAACAAGAAUGGUAUGUCAAGAUUUUAAUUGUAAUAUAAUCCACGCUAAGAUCACAAUGGGCCAACAUGCAGGGAAAGAAGUUUUCUUGCCAAGAAUACCAUUAUCUCCAGCAGAAAAUGAAGGGUUCCCGUUCAAGUUCAAACGAAAGCAAUUUCCAAUACGGCUAUGUUUUGCAAUGACAAUCAAUAAAUCACAAGGACAAACAAUUCCUCAUGUAGGCAUCUAUCUACCUCAACACGUUUUCUCUCAUGGACAGAUUCCUCAUGUAGGCAUCUAUCUACCUCAACACGUUUUCUCUCAUGGACAGCUGUAUGUUGCUUUAUCAUGA